AUGUCUCCUCACUCAACUCGGGCUGCCGCUGCCUCUGGCAAGGACGGGGAGAAGGCCCCUAAGCAGUGGAUCAUGGGCGCUGAGGCAUUUGAGCAACGUAUGCCGCACCACAAUGGUAUCAAGGAGUUGUGGGAGACUCGGUGGAAGUUUCCGUGCACCAAAUCCCUCUACCCGUUCCACGACGGUGACUAUGAGGAUUUUGCUCCCAUAUUUGCGGAGCUUAUUGAGAAACACUCCAAUGACGCCACCUCUCCAGCCUAUACCGAGGCCUUCUUCCCCGUCGCCGAGGGUCUUGUCUCGUCAGGCGACGCAGCCGUGGCGGCCGGCAAGAAGCACGCGGCGUCGAUUUUGUACCUGCGGGCCUGUGCCGUGUACCGGAUUGCCCGGUUCCCGUACAUCACCGGGUAUCCGAUUGUCAAUGAUCUUGCCAAGUGGAAAGCAUGGGAGGCACAAAAGGCUGCCUACCUCAAGGCCGGCGCGCUAUGGGAGAGCCCCCUCCAGGACGUGAUUGUCCAGCAUGUGUACGCUAUAGGCGCAGACCGGGACAAGAUCCCGGUGUAUGUCCGGACUCCGUCGUCGAAGGGACCCGGGGAGAAGAGCCCCGUGGUGAUUUUGAUGACGGGACUGGAUGGGUACCGGCCGGAUAACACGGUGCGGUGUAAUGAGUUUUUGAAGAGGGGCUGGGCCUCGGUGGUGGUCGAAAUCCCUGGCACGGCGGACUGCCCCGCGGACAGCGCCGACCCGAAGUCGCCCGACCGGAUGUGGACCAGCCUGCUUAGGUGGAUGGGCAAGGACGGCCGGUUCGACAUGAAACGCGUGAUGGUCUGGGGACUCAGUGCCGGCGGGUACUACGCCGUGCGCAUUGCGCACACCCAUGGGAGCCAGCUAGCGGGCUGUGUUGCCCAGGGGGCGGGGUGCCAUCAUUUUUAUGAUCCCGAGUGGUUGGAGAAGGCCGAGGGGCAUGAGUACCCUUUCCAGUUGACGCCUGCAAUGGCGAUGAAACACGGCUUUAGUUCUGUCGAAGAGUACAAGGCGAAUGCGCAAAAGAAGUUCUCGUUGCUCGAGACGGGCAUCAUCCAGCAGCCGUCGACCGAGCUGCUUUUGGUCAAUGGCACGCAAGACGGACUGAUGCCGAUCGAGGACUCAUUCAUGCUGUUGGAGUAUGGCACCGCCAAGCACGCCCGGUUUUUCCCGGGGGCGUUGCAUAUGGGAUAUCCGAUGGCCAACGAGUCUGUGUAUCCGUGGAUGGAGAAGGUUAUGGCCGGAGUGCGGGAUUAG